AUGGCGACCAGCGGAGUUUACACGGUUAUGGGUGAAGCCAAUUGUGUGGUGGCACUCUUAAAUAAAGCAAGGAGGCAAUACCAAUUAUCGCACCAAGCACCAUCACUGGAGGACACAGAUCCAUUAUUGAGAAAUUUUACUGAUUUAAAAGAAGUUUUAAAUGAAGUGGCAGAUCUCUCCGAUAUGAACCCACUAACUUAUCUUUCACCAUUUCUCGAUGUAAUAAAAGCUCAAAACACAAAUGGUCCAAUCACAGAAGCCGCGCUGGCAGCAGUAGCAAAAUUUUUGAAUUAUGGACUUAUUGACGCAAGCAGCAUAAAAGCGGCAAAUGCUGUCGAGUCCAUUGCAUACGCAGUUGUCCAUACAAAAUUCAUCGGCGGCAAAAGCACUGGAAGCGAUGAAUGUGUGCUGUUCAAAAUCUUGCAAGUCCUUCGCUCACUUUUGCUUUCUCCACCUGGAAUCUUGCUCUCCAAUGAGGCGGUUUGCGACAUGAUGCAGUCAUGCUUCAGGAUCGUCUUUGAGCAGAACUUAUCGCUAUUGUUGAGAAAGGCUGCUGAAUCAACUUUAUCCGAUAUGACCCAACUUAUCUUCACAAGAUUGCCGACGUUUGUUGAAGACACAAGGCACCCUUACAUCCGGCAGCUGGUAAAUACCAAUGAAAAACGUCAGAAAAGAAAGAAAAAGAGGAUUUCUGUACACGUUGACCAGCCGCCAAAAUUGGAAGAGCCGAAGGAAGACGAUUCCAACGAGAAAACGAAGCUGAUCGUCACUGAGCCCGACGUUACUAAACUUGGAUUCGAUGUGGUCUUGACCACAGAUCCUGUCGUCGAUGCCGUCACCCAUCCAGAUUUAACAGUUCCGCCAAUUUCCGAAAAACACGAUGUUUCUGAAGGAGAUGAAGCAGAUACUGAAGGUGAAGGUGACGAGGGAACUCGCACGAUUUCUCGAACGCACGCAGGCCUCCAACGAGAUAUUGAAAGCGAUGAGGAGGACCCAACAAAUCAUGCCACGAUGACAUCGGAAGAGCAGAUGCCGUAUGGAUUACCGUGCUGCCGAGAACUCUUGCGAUUUUUGAUAACAAUGAUAAACCCUUUGGACCGAAACAAUACCGAAUCGAUGGUUGUUCUUGGAUUAAAUUUGCUUGUUGUUUCAUUGGAAGCUGUCGCAGAUCAUUUGCCCAACUAUGAUUUGCUCAUGCCUCUCAUCAAGGACAAUCUCUGCAGAUCACUUCUUCAACUAUUGGAUACCGAAAAGCUUCCAGUAUUGGCGGCGACAAACCGAUGCUGUUUCCUUCUAUUUGAAUCAAUGAGGAUGAAUUUGAAGUUCCAACUUGAAGCAUACUUGAAAAAAUUGCAGUCGAUUGUCCUCUCUGAGAAGAAUCCAAUCAGCAAUGGGUCAGAGCAGAAAGAAAUGGCCUUAGAGUCGCUUGUACAUCUUUGGAGAAUUCCUGGUCUCGUAACUGAAAUGUAUCUUAACUAUGAUUGUGAUUUAUAUUGCUCGAAUAUUUUCGAGGAUUUGACGAAACUUCUUGUUGAAAACAGUUUUCCGACGAUGGGAGGGCACACCGCCAGUUUGCUCUCGCUUGAUGCUCUUCUUGUUGUCAUUGACACCAUUGAGCAAAAUUGUGAAGAUCGUGCGAAUUCCAAAGAUGAGAAGCCGCAGAAGAAUGCAGUUCAUUUACGCGAGAAUCGUCACCCACCGUCGCCAAAUUUGCCAUCGAUGCCAGAUGUUCUCGAUAAGAAACAACGAAAGAGACUCAUCGCUGAAGGAACCGAGUUGUUCAAUCAAAAUUCGAAGAAAGGCAUCGAAUUCCUCCAAGAGAAGGGAAUUCUUCAGCAUGAUGUUGAAAGUGUUGUUCAUUGGUUGAGGACGAACCCGCACUUGGACAAGAAGAGUAUUGCCGAUUAUAUUUGCAAUCGAAAACAUGAAAAUGUUCUGGCUGCGUUUGUGAAGUCAUUUCCAUUCGAAGGCACUCGUCUGGAUGUCGCUCUUCGAAUGUUCCUCGAAACCUUCCGUCUACCUGGAGAAGCCGCCGAAAUUGCCAUGGUGAUGCAGCACUUUUCCGAUGAAUGGUAUCGUGCUAAUCAUGAGCCGUUCAAUGAUGCCGAUGCGCCAUUCACCCUUUCUUACGCCAUAAUUAUGCUCAACAUGGACCAGCACAAUCCGCAAGUGAAGCGUGCUCAACCACCGAUGACUGUGGAUUGUUUCAAGAGGAAUGUGUCGGGAACGAACGGCGGACAAGAUUUCGACCAAGACAUGCUGGUUGAAAUUUAUAAUUCCAUCAAAUCGGAAGAAAUUGUGAUGCCAGCUGAGCAAAAAGGAAUCGUCAAGGAGAACUAUGAUUGGAAAGUGUUACUACGUCGAGGAGAGACUGAAGAAGGAGUGUUUUACCAUGCUCCGAACGGUUGGAAUGAUCACGAUCUCUUCGCGGUUUGCUGGGGUCCCGCGGUUGCAGCGUUGAGCUAUGUGUUUGACAAGUCCGAAUUAGAGCAAAUAUUGCAGAAAGCUCUCACUGGAUACCGAAAAUGCGCCAAGAUUGCUGCUCAUUAUGGAAUGAAAGAAGUGUUCGACAACCUCUGCAUUCAUCUCUGCAAAUUCACUACUCUCACUUCAAUGCACGAAGGAGGAGCCGAAGAGAAUCUUGAACUUCAGCGACAACGAAGUCUUCAAGAUUCAAAUAGCGGCCAUAAUGGAAACACUUCAAGUCCCGAAGCAGUUUCAUUGGCAUUUGGCGAAAAUCACAAAGCGCAGCUGGCGACCAAAACGUUGUUUUACCUGGUUCACGAGAAUGGAAAUAUUUUGAGAGAGGGUUGGCGAAACGUGUUCGAAGUUUUGUUGCAAUUGUUCCGUGCUCGUCUUCUUCCCGCCGAUAUGAUUGAAGUCGAUGACUAUGUUGACGAAAAAGGAUGGGUAUCAAUUCAAAGAAUCCACCAAAAGGAACUUUCGACAACAAGAAGUGAGACUGGCCUUCUGUCGUGGUUUGGUUUAGGCGGAGGUGCCAGUGAAGCGGAGAGGCGAAAGCCAACUCAAGAGCAAUUGACAGCGAUGCAGCUAGCUUCUUCAAUUAUUGCGGAAUGUAAGCCGCAUCAGAUUAUUGCCGAUAGCAAGUAUUUGACAACGACGGCACUCUCGGAGUUGAUCAACGCGAUUGCGGCGAAUAGCGUCGAGAUUAUGAAUCAAGCAGAAGCGCAACGAAAAAACUCGUUGAGCGGAGAAGACGAAGAUGCACUAGUGUUCUACCAUGAGAUCAUGGUUUCGAUUGCAUUGGAGAACAAAGAUCGACUACCGGACCUUUGGCCCCGCGUCAAACAACAUCUUGAAUGGCUCUUCUCUCCGAAAUUUGGAAAAUGCCCGGUGCUUGUGGAACGUGCAGUUGUUGGACUAUUGAGAAUCGCCAAUCGAAAUCUUUUCCGCGACAAUACGGUUUCUGAUGAAGUUCUCAACUCACUUACAAUGCUCUUGAAACUUUCGCCCAAGGCCCUUUUUAUCUUCAGUCGUCAAAUUGCUUACGGUCUCUAUGAGCUCAUUCGCACGAACGCUGCUAAUAUUCACAAGAAAGAGCAUUGGGCAGUUCUCUUCGAGCUUCUUGAGACUUCUGGAGCUGCUGUGUUUCCCGAUGAUUACGUUCCUUCUGCAACGCAUAAAAUGAGUGUCGAUCGGAAUGCUUACUCCGAUGUUGAGCAGUCGAGUAGAUGUGCCGUGGAGGAUCGUGCUUAUACAUCAGAAGGAGAAGAAAGAAAAAGAAACAUUUACGAUUCUACGAGCGACUUGGGAAGUAGAGUGGAUUCUUCCUUCUCGUUGGCACGAAAUCCAACUGGUCAAGCUGAUUGGAUCCAUUUAGACCACAAAGACGCCGCCAAAGCCACUGAAGAAGCCUUACGUGCGCUUGGAGCAACAAGGACUCAAGGGUUUGAUCGCGGAAGUUUGGUGUUGAGAACUGGAUUGGGUAGACAUGAGCCGGCGGCAUUUUUGCGAGUCUGCGAAUGCCUUGCAUUCCUUCUCCGUGACGCCAUUCAUGUUACUCCUGACAACUUUGAAUCAAGUCUUCAAUGCCUUCGCACUAUGGUCGAAGCAAGUCUCGAUGGAGGUUGUUAUGCUGCUGGUCCAUUUAGUGGAGACGCUCAGAAUCGUUUGAGAAGUACUACUACGGAGGAAAGAAUUAAACGACACCAUCAUCACCAUCACGGAAAAGUUGGAAAGAAAGAAUUGUCGACUGAUGUUUCUGUCGAUGCCGAGGAGAGCAAAAAUGAAGAGCAACAAUUGUCAGCGAACUACCAGCAAAUGUCGCUUCAUCUGUUGGACUUGUGCCUACAAUUGCAUUCAAAGGCGCCCGAAAUAUUUGAGAAAUGGUCAAAUCCAGAAGGAGCCCAGUCGCGAGAAUUUGUUGCAUUCGUAUGGGCGCAAAUUUGGAAGCCGCUUCUUCAAGCAAUGGCUCGUUUGAGCUGCGAUUGUCGUCGAAACGUGAGAGCCGCCGCUCUCACUCAUCUUCAAAAGGCGAUUCCUUCGAUGCCGAAGCUUGGAGCUACUGAAUGGGAGUCAUGCUUUGGAGAAGUACUGUUUCCGCUGCUGACAAAAUUAUUGGAACCGUUCUCUCAAAUGGAUCCAAUUGGAAUGGAAGACACACGAGUGAGAACUAUUCAACUGGUCGCUCGAACCUUGCUCAGUCAACUUAAAGAAUUGGUCACAUUGCAUUCUUUCUCAACUCUUUGGCUUAAGCUAGUCGAUUUUAUGGAGAAAUACCUGAAAGUUGAUAGCAAUGAGAAUUUGAAGGAAGCCAUUCCAGAAUCGUUGAAAAAUAUGCUUCUAGUAAUGGAUAAUAAUAAGCUGUUCGAAACCAUUCCCGGUCUCUAUGAUAUGACGGUCGAGCGACUACGUGAUGUAUUUCCACAGAUCAUCAAAGACACUAUUCCGAAUCCACCACAAGCCCCUGCAAAAAUAGCUGAAAUUUCUAGUUCUCACGAUAGUGUGCUUAAACAAUUCGGAAAAAUUCAAAUAUCGGCGCCUGUUCCUUCUGACGAUGUUACAUCAAGCACAACGCAAACAGCGACAAGUGAACCAGAAACUUUGAUUGGUUCAGCUUCAACUCCUUUAUCGCAAGAGCAUGCUGGUCAACCAUUACCAGAAGUGAGACCACCACCGGUACCACUUACCGAAGUUGUUGUGAAGUCUGACCCCACGUCACCUGUGGGAUCACCACCAGUUGUUUCACCGACGGAAACCAGCCCGCAACAUCUCGCCUAUCAGCAACACUAUGCUCAACAGCAGGCUUAUCAAGAAUAUUACCAGCACUACCAGCAACAGCAGCAACAAUAUCAACCACAACAGCAGCAAGAGCAAUAUGCUUAUUCUCCCGAAGCCGCUGCAUAUUACCAACAACAAUACGAACAUCAACAGCAACUGUACCAGCAACAACAGCAACAAAACUAUGCCGCUGCUCCAGAGAUCUAUGGAGGUCCACAACCGCAACAACAAUUUGCACAAUAUGCACAGCCAUCAUCUUCCACUCCAACCGUCCACGGACAGUACUUCCGAUCAAACCCGCUGCCAAUUCCUAAUCAACCAUUCCCAACCGGUCCAAUAGUUCAACCUCAAGUGCAACAUCCAAUUGUUGCGCCAUCUGCGAACAGUGCAUUCUCGCAAGUAUACACGAAUCAAACUUCAAGUGCGCCGCAAGAAUCACCGUAUUUUACUCCUAUUCCUUACCAUCCGCCUCAAAAUCAACAGUAA